GGACUCAAAAGCGCUUUCUUGGUUUCCUUGAAAGAUCCUUUGUCCAUUUCUUCUUCACAGCUUAGUACUGCCAAAAUUGAGAUUCAAAAUGAAACCCCAAUAAAUGUUUCUCUUCUCAAGCGUUUGAACUCUCAUUCUUAUACUUCUCCUCUGUGUCAUUCUUCCUUAAUCACCCAACUAAAGCAACAUGAGUAAUUUUAUUGCUAUAUUCCUGCUCAUUUGGGUAUCAGGCUUUUCUCCUUCAGUUUCUCGUUUUUUUGCAAAUGCUGAAGCUGAAUCUCCAGAAUUAGACAAUAGAAAGCUGCUCACUUUCAGAGGCUCUCCUUCCCGCCUGUUGAUAUUAUUGUCAAGUAUUGCGGACGUUAGAGUAGGGCACCACCAGAAUUUGGACAAGAGAAUUCUAAUAGCACUUAUUGUUUGUUCUGCUCUUCUUGUCUCAAUCUUCCUAUUUUUAACAUAUAUCUGGUGUCAUCGACGCAAAAUUUUCAAAGUUCCCAGUUCUAAAAGCCCUGAGACCAUCGAAGCUGCAAAUGGGGUGUCACUUAGCCCUGUUGAUGUUAAAUUUAGUUACUCAAAAAUGGCAGAAAAGAAGAGUGCAAUUGCUAUAUUUGACUUUCAGUUGUUAGAGGUUGCAACAAACAGCUUUGCCAAAAGUAAUAUUCUGAGUGAGAGUGGAUCUAGGCUAGUGUACAGAGCUUGCUUUGAUGAGCAUCUCAAGGCAGCUGUGAAGAAAGCAGAUAGCAGUGCUGAUAGAGAAUUUGAGAAUGAAGUGAAUUGGUUAAGCAAGAUUCGGCAUCAGAAUAUCAUUAAACUUCUUGGUUACUGUAUUCAUGGUGAAUCAAGGUUUCUUGUAUAUGAAAUGAUGGAGAAUGGAUCUUUGGAAACUCAAUUACAUGGACCUGAUCGUGGAUCAUCUUUAAAUUGGUACCUCCGGUUAAAGAUUGCCAUUCAUGUUGCCAGGGCAUUAGAACAUCUUCAUGAGCACUCUAAUCCUCCCGUGGUUCAUAGAGACCUAAAAUCUUCUAAUGUUCUCCUGGAUUCUCACUUUAAUGCCAAGGUCAGCAAUUUUGGGCUUGCUGUAAGUUCUGGAAUGCAAGACAAGAACAUACAGAUGUCAGGAACUCUGGGUUAUGUAGCACCUGAGUACAUAUCACAUGGUAAGCUAACUGAUAAGAGUGAUGUAUAUGCUUUUGGGGUUGUCCUUCUAGAGCUUCUAACGGGAAGAAAAGCCGUGGACAAGAUGUCCUCAGACCAAUACCAAUCCAUUGUCACAUGGGCCAUGCCUCAGAUAACUGACAGAUCAAAGAUUCCAAGUAUUAUAGAUCCUGUAAUCAGAAACACCAUGGAUUUGAAGCAUUUAUAUCAGGUUGCUGCAGUGGCUGUACUUUGUGUACAAACAGAACCAAGUUAUCGGCCGCUAAUAACUGAUGUCCUGCACUCUCUCAUCCCUUUGGUACCCACGGAGCUGGGAGGAUCACUCAGAGUUUCAGAAUCAGUUUGCUCCGAGAAUUUGCAUUGAUUUUGGACGUGUUUAAAACUCUGAUAUUGCUGCAAAGUUUCAUGUUUUUGUGGUGACAGGGCAUGUCAUGAUAGUUUGCAAAUCCUAGUGAAGCUUCAGAUCGCAUACUAUUUUAGGACACUGUCAGAUGAGUUAUUGGUUAUCUAGUCAUUGUUGUUGCAUAGCAAUCACAGCCCAAGCUGAAAGAAUCAGUCUUUGGUUUUCUUCUCUCCCAGACAUUUAUAAAUUGUAAGUGAAAUAUAUGGUUCUCAUAUAGUAAGUUUAAAAUACCCCCCCGGUCUCUGUUGUAAGGUGCUUUUUAGAAAGAUUUGAUGGUCUUGUAAUUAAUACUUAUUUUUCAAUUUUGUUUCUGUAAUUAAUAUUUAAAUAUAGCUUUUUGUA